AAGAUAGAUCAAAUAAGGCAACUGUAUAACUGUAACCAAUCAAAUAUUUUCUUUGCUUUAUUUCUGUUUGCCUUAUAAAAACCUUCCUCUUGUAUUCCCUUGGCAGCGCUCCCAAACCACUUCCAGUUUGUGGUUGCCUGAUUCUUGAAUUAUUAUUUGCUCAAAUAAAUUCUUUAAAAUUUUAUGGUGUCUCAGUUUAGUGUUUAACAAGGGCAAAAGGAUGCCUAAAUAUGAGGUUGAAGUAGUAGUUGUGAAAGGUCUUAAAUGUCAUGCUAUGGAAUCCAGGUAUUUCCUUUAGGCAAAAGUGAGCCAUAGGAAAGUAAUUCCUAGCUUGAUAGCUGAUUGGCUAGGUAAGUAAACAAAAUAAAUACCAAUUAUUAAAUGCACUCUUAAUAAUUAUUGAUUGUACUUAUUUUAUGUUUACUUAUUUCACAUAACCAUAUAUUCAUCUUAUAAAAUUUUCCUAUACUUGUGGACAGGUGGCAAAAUUAAGUGAAUUAUGUCUAUAUUUUUCUUUCUUAACUUUUAAGUUCAGGGGUAUAAGCACAGGUUUGCUACAUAAGUAAACUUGUGUUAUGGGGGUUUGUUGUACAGAUUAUUUCAUCAGCCAGGUAUUAAGCUUAGUAUCCUUUAGAUAUUUUUUCAACUAUUUUAAAAUUUUCUAUCUUUAUCGUCCUUCCUUUCACUUAGAACUGCUUAUUUUCUGUUAUAAUAAUGCCAUUAUACCACAAUUACCACUUUCCACUUACUGAGAUCGAUGCAGUAUAAAUAAGGGCAUCUAAACCCAAACAUUUCCAAGUAGAUUUCAGGAAUUAGAAUGUUUUCAUUGUUUUCUGUGCUUCCUCAUUUAUUCACUCAUAAUAUAUUUAUUGAAAAAUUACUGCUCUCGGCUUUCGGCUCGGAGGAGGCCAAGGUGCAACUUUCUUCGGUCGUCCCGAAUCCAGGUUCAUCCGACACCAGCCGCCUCCACCAUGCCGCCGAAGUUCGACCCCAACGAGAUCAAAGUCGUAUACCUGAGGUGCACCGGAGGUGAACUCGGUGCCACUUCUGCCCUGGCCCCCAAGAUCGGCCCCCUGGGUCUGUCUCCAAAAAAGGUUGGUGAUGACAUUGCCGAGGCAACAGGUGACUGGAAGGGCCUGAGGAUUACAGUGAAACUGACCAUUCAGAACAGACAGGCCCAGAUUGAGGUGGUGCCUUCUGCCUCUGCCGUGAUCAUCAAAGCCCUCAAGGAACCACCAAGAGACAGAAAGAAACAGAAAAACAUUAAACACAGUGGGAAUAUCACUUUUGAUGAGAUCGUCAACAUUGCUCGACAGAUGCGGCACCGAUCCUUAGCCAGAGAACUCUCUGGAACCAUUAAAGAGAUCCUGGGGACUGCCCAGUCUGUGGGCUGUAAUGUUGAUGGCCGCCACCCUCAUGACAUCAUAGAUGACAUCAAUAGUGGUGCUGUGGAAUGCCCAGCCAGUUAAGCACAAAGGAAAAUAUUUCAAUAAAGGAUCAUUUGACAA